AUGGAGGACCUCUUAAAAUCCCGCGAAUUCCUCCAGCAGCAAAUCUCCACUACGGAAGCUCAGCUCUCCCAACUCAAUGCUGCGCUCGAGCGGACAGAGCGGCAGAUCGCGGCGGGGAGGCCAACAACAGCAACAACGACCACAAGCCAGCCGGAAACUGUGAACAAGGGAGAAGUGCCAUCUGAACGGAAUCGCAGAUAUCCGCUCGAACAGGAUGAGUAUCGACGCUAUGGACGGCAGAUGAUUGUGGACCAGAUCGGGCUUGAGGGGCAAUUAAAACUGCGCGAAUCCUCGGUUCUCAUUGUUGGCGCCGGGGGAUUGGGAUGCCCUGCUGCCAUGUAUCUGGCUGGAGCUGGGGUUGGAACCAUAGGAAUCAUAGAUGGAGAUACGGUCGAGGAAUCAAACCUGCAUCGACAGGUGCUGCAUCGGACGAGGAAUGUGGGGAAGUUCAAGGUUGAUAGCGCGAUUCAUUAUUUGAAAGAAUUGAACCCAUAUCCCAAAUACAUCCCCUACCGCGUCAACCUUACCUCCGCCGAUGCACCUUCGAUCUUCAGUCCCUACGAUCUCAUCCUAGACUGCACAGACAACCCCGCAACCCGCUACCUGAUCUCCGACACCGCUGUCAUCCUAGGCAAACCACUCGUUUCCGCCUCCGCGCUGCGCACCGAGGGCCAGCUAAUGGUCCUCAACUACCCUCCCCAAAAGCCAGCAGACCAACUAUCCUCCUUGCCAACUGACACCACCACCGGAGGACCGUGCUACCGCUGUGUGUUCCCUAAACCCCCUCCCGCCGCGAGCGUCACGAGCUGCGCUGACGGCGGCAUCCUCGGCCCCGUCGUCGGAGUCAUGGGCGUGCUCCAAGCGCUCGAGGCGAUCCGCGUCCUCACGCAGACAAUGUCAGCCACGUCCACAACCAUAUCACCAACCCUUCUCCUCUUCUCGGCCUUCUCUAGCCCCCCAUUCCGUAGUAUACGGCUACGCCGACGGCGACAGGACUGCGCAACUUGUUCGCCGACGGCGCGGACGAUAACGCUGGAUUCGCUGCGCAGUGGGUCGAUGGAUUAUGUGCAGUUCUGCGGCGGGGUGGUUGGCGCGCAGGCGCUGUUGGGGGCUGAGGAGCGGAUAUCGGCUCGGGAGUAUUGGAGGCGGUAUCAAAAGCCGUGGGGGGAGGAGGGGGAGGGGGAGGGGGAAAGCCCGAUUCUAAUCGACGUGCGGGAGGCGGUGCAAUAUGGCCUGGGCGCGCUGAAGGGGAGUGUUAAUAUUCCGAUCUCGUCGAUCUUGUCAUCCUCUUCUUCUACCUCCGCGACGCCAUUGAACUCCGGCUCCCUUGUUGAAACAGCGCCCAAUGGCACGUCCGCAGCAACAAGUACAACAGCUCUCAAUCUCCCGUCCUGGUACCCUUCAUCUCUGCUCGAUACGGACCCGACCAGACCGAUCCAUGUCGUGUGUAGAUUGGGGAAUGACUCUCAGGUGGCGGUGCGGAAGCUGAAAGAGCUGGGUGUUGAUAGGGGCGGUGAGAGGUGGGUGGGAGAUAUCCGGGGUGGACUGAAGGCGUGGAGAGAGGAAGUCGAGCCGGAGUUUCCUGAUUAUUGA